GCGGCGGGUCCGGCGGGUACGGUCCGGCGGCGCGGUCGCUCGAGCUCGAGGACACGGUCUUCGAAGGCACCGCCGCGAACCACUACGGCGGCGCGGUCCUCGUGUCCGGGGGCGCCGUGGCGGCCGUCGGCGUGACCUUCGACCGGUGCGCCGCGGCGGUCGGCGGCGCCGUCCACCUGGAAAGCAGCAAAGGGUAUUCUGGCGUAUCGCCCAUCGAGAGCGACCUCGACCUGCGGCGCUGCACAUUCUCUUCCUGUCGGGCGACGACCGGCGACGGCGGCGGCGUUAACGUGGUGAGCGCGGGCCGCGUGACCCUCGGUCCGGGCCUCGUCUUCCGCGGCAACGUCGCGGAAACGGGCGGCGGCGGCGGCGCGUACCUCCGCAACAUCUCCGAGUCCCUCGUCGUCCGCGACGCGGUCUUUGCGGAGAACCGGUGCCGCUCGCGCGGCGGCGGCCUCUUCGUCGAAUUCCAAGCGCCAAAGCCGCGCGUCGAGUGCGCGCGCUGCCCGGUCGAGAUAGAUCCCUACUCCCGACAGCCCUGCGCGUACGCGAAGAACGGCACCUGGCGAAGCUGGGACGUGAGCAGCGACGUCGCCGUCGUGGGGUCGACCUUCGUCGGCAACGAGGCCAACUUCUCCGCCGGCGGGCUCGGUGUUACCGGCGGCGCCCGCAUGGCCCUCGAGGAUACGUCGUUCCAUCGCAACUCCGCGCGGAUCAGCGUCCCGCGGCCGUGA